CUUAGACGCGAAAACGCGAAAACAUUCGAACUCAAUAAGGCGAUAUCACAACCAGUUGUAGCAAUGAUGUAGCAAUAUGAAAUUGUUUUCAUCUAUAUACAUUGUUACGACGAAGCAUUUUUUGCAUGUAAAACAAAUGAAUAUAUAUUUGUAAAAACGAAUGCUAGUAUACUAAUGAUUUUGUAGAAAGUGUCAAAUAGUCAGGUUAAGUUAGCCGAAUAUGGAAGCGUCAUUGCACCGGCGCUAAAGUUUGUUAUUGUCGUAUCGUAUUGAUUAUUGCUGUCGACCGUGUUUUAAAGAGAUACCGACAACGAUUUCGAGUGAAAACAAAUGAAUAAUCAGCAAGAAAGAAGUAAGAAAAGAUUAAAAAUCUCGUCCAUGCAGAAAAACAUUCACUGUGUUCUUGAUAAUUACAAUUCCACCGUAUUUCUUACUCGAAAGCGGCAGGUAACAGACUGGCAAAUGAAGGCUGAUCUAUAAUAGAAGUCACAUGCUUGUCUUUUAUUAACAAGUACAUAUCUAGUAUUAUAAAUUUAAAAAUAUGGAUGCUGCCACUGAAUCAGAACUUAUAGACAAACUAGUGAAAGAAGCUGAAAGUUUAAAAAUACGACUGGAAGAAGAACGACAGAAAUUGAAUGAUAUUACUCUUGCCAGUGUUGCGGAUAGGCUUGAAGCAAUCAACUGUACCAAUGUGAAACCACGACGUGUUUUAAAAGGUCAUCAAGCAAAAGUCCUUUGUUCAGAUUGGUCGCCUGAUAAACGGCAUAUUGUGUCCUCUUCGCAGGAUGGCAAGAUGAUAAUAUGGGAUGCAUUUACAACAAACAAAGAACAUGCUCUUACUAUGCCAACAACUUGGAUUAUGGCUUGCGCUUAUGCUCCAAGUGGUACUCUUGUUGCAUGCGGAGGACUGGAUAAUAAAGUUACUGUAUAUCCUCUGAGCCAAGAAGACGACGUGUCAACGCGCAAAAAAACUGUCGCUACACACACAUCUUAUAUGUCAUGUUGCGUGUUUCCCAAUAGCGAUCAACAAAUUUUAACUGGUAGCGGAGAUAGCACGUGCGCUUUGUGGGAUGUAGAGAGUGGACAACUGUUACAAAGCUUUCUUAGGCAUUCCAGCGAUGUUAUGUCUAUUGAUUUAGCACCAAGCGAAACCGGUAAUACAUUUGUUUCCGGUAGUUGCGAUAAAAUGGUUCUGAUAUGGGAUAUGCGCACUGGUCAAUGUGUUCAAAGUUUCGAAGGACAUCAGUCUGAUGUUAAUUNGCUUUUUUUAUGGUAA